AUGUUGGAAUCCGCUGUAUCCCUCGUCAAGAGGAUCAAGGUCCCGGUCACAGCCUCGACUACCCCGGCCGAGGCAGCUGAAAUGCAACGAGAUCCGUGGUCUAAAUCAGCCAAAUAUGGAGUUGGAUUUGUUUAUUUCGCCGUCGUGCUGCUGGUCAUUACGACUUUCAUCCGAUGCUGGCAUAUCUGGGGCGACAAGAUGCGCAUUGCCUUUCAUAAAGAAAACCGACCUCAGAUCUUCCGUGACGAUUCAGUGCCAGAUGAAUAUGAGCUACCGAGUGCCGGAACCGAUGCUUCCAAUGCCCAUUUCUUUCCGUCGCCAAAUGCAAUCUCUGCUCCAAAGAGACAUGAAUCGCUUCUCGCCAAGAUUGUUCCCUUGAAUAAGGCAAUCGCCUUCAUGCGAUGGAUCUUCUAUAGACCAAUGCCAGUCUUCAAGUUUUGGAAAUUUGAGGUUGUUUUUCCUUCUUUGUCAGUCACAGUCAUUGUGCUGGCUGCGCUGAUCUUUGUCACGCUGUACUGUUUUGUGCCUCAACCGUUAUACUACUGGUCGAUUGCCCUCGGAUCACCCCCGUUAGCCAUUCGGUCAGGUAUGCUUGCAGUUGCCAUGGUUCCUUGGAUUGUUGCACUCAGUACCAAGGCAAACUUCAUCAGUAUGAUGACUGGCCUUGGCCCUGAGCGGUUGAAUGGGCUGCAUCGCUGGUCUGCCUAUAUCUGCCUCUUUCUCUGUCUGGUUCACAUGAUUCCGUUCUAUAUAACUCCAAUUUGGGAGGAUGGCGCCUUGGUCAACUAUCGCACAGGAAUUCCUCCACACGUCUAUGUGUAUGGAACCGGGUUCGCAGCCCUGAUUCCUCUGCUGGUCUUGUGUCUUCAUUCCCUUCCUAUUUUCCGCCACUGGAUGUAUGAGCUGUUUGUGUUUGUUCAUAUUCCAGUCUCGUACAUCUUUGUGGCCUUUUUGUUCUGGCACACACGAAACUACCUCUCGUCAUGGGCCUAUCUCUUCACCACCAUCGCCAUUUGGAUGAUUACUUACAUCAUCCGCCUGUUCUACCUGAACUGGACCAAUCCUUUGCGCAUGUCAUCCUUCCUGAUUGGAGAAGAAUGUGCCAUUACCCUUCUUCCGCAGAAUGCCGUCAAAGUUACUAUUCCUACAAAGAUGCGAUGGCGCCCUGGACAGUAUGUCUACCUUCGACUGCCAAGGAUCUCAGUCCUUCAGAGCCAUCCUUUCACAAUCUCCUCGCUCUGUAGUGAUGAUUUCCCUUCUGCCUAUGGCGAGAAGUACCGCGACCUGACACUUGUCUUCCGUCCAUUUGGUGGUUUCACAAAGAAGGCAUUCCGCAAGGCCUUAAAGCAUGGCCCUUACAAGACCUACAGCGCAUUUUUAGAGGGGCCAUAUGGUGGUAUGCAGCGUGAGAUGGCUGCCUUUGACGAUGUGAUCUUCUUUGCCGGAGGUAGUGGUAUCACUGCCAUUGCAAGUCAACUGCUGGAUCUUAUCAAGAAGAUUCGAGAUGGCAAAGCUAUCACCAAAUCAGUCAAAGUCAUUUGGGCAUUGAAGAGCCCAGAGACAAUGUCAUGGUUCCAAGAAGAGUUGCGUAUCUGCCGUGACUAUGCGCCCUCGAACAUUGUAAAUUGUCAUUUCUUCCUCACUGGCGUGAAGCAAGAUGAUCAAUUUGGGCGAGACACGGUCCAGGAGAAGAUCUACGGUAUGCUUCAAGGAAUCGAUAAGCGUAACUCUGCCUAUAUUCGCGCCGAAGCUGCUGGUAAUCCGGACAUUGAAAAAGAACUGCGCCGCGAGAACGAAGAUGGCAUUACUGCUCUUCCUAAUGCUUACCCAGCUACUCAUGCGCCUAACACCCGACAGUACUAUCAACCAGCAAUGGACCCAUAUGCUUCGCCUGCAUCUGCUGGAUCUGUCAAUCCUCAGUUCGACUUCGGGUUUGGCACACCACAAGCAGUGCCACAAAGACCGCCACCAUCACCAGCACCACGCUUUGCGUAUUAUCAACCACGAGCGCGAGACAACUGGCGCACCGACUACUUUCGUCCCAACAUCCCUGAAAUGAUCAACGAAUUUUCGAAGACCUUCGGCCGCCGAGCAUGUGUAUUUGUCUGCGGUCCUCCAAGUAUGCGUGUGGAAGUAGCCAAUGCAGUGGCCAAACUCCAGCUGCAAGUCAUGAUGGAUUCAUCGAAAGAUGAGAUCUUCUUGCAUGCUGAGAAUUAUAACAUCUAA